AUAUCUCCCGCGAAAAAGACGGCUGGUCUUCGUUUACUCUUUCUGUCCAGGCCUCAUCUUUGGACCCCCACUUACAAGCUAAGCUUCUGUUAAAAAAAAAAAAAAAAAAAAAAAGAGAGAGAAAGAAAAAAAAAAAAAGUUUAUAUACUUUAGUUGAAACUUGAAAGGGCAACACAACUGCUUCUACUAGUCUUUCUUUAGUCAUGGAAAAUCAGCAACAACGCCGUGAAUUUACAUUCUUGCACUCCGGUGACUUUCUCCGUCGAAAUUCUAAUCGGGUAGUUGAGAAUUCCGUGGAUCAUGAUAAGCCUCCGAUCAAAGAAGUGGAUUUCUUUUCAAGUAACAAUCACUUACCUGAUCAUCAAAAGAGAAAAUAUGAAUCAUUAACUCAAUUUGAUUCGAGUAUAAACACUGGAUUGGAUCUCCUCAGUUCAAGUUCUGGAAAUCCAUCAAAAACAGCAAAUGAUGAGAAAUCUAAUACGGAGCGGAGUACGCUUCAAGUUGAGUUAGACAGGUUAAAUGAAGAGAACAGAAAACUGAGAAACUCGUUGGGUCAGAUAACAAAAAGUUACAAUGAAUUGCAGGGUCAACUAAUCUUGGCAAUGCAAAAACAGGCACAUGGGAGCCCGCGAGAGCAGAAAGCUGAGUUGAAUGACAUGUCAAGUCUCAUAAUGUCAGCCCAACAGUUUAUGGACCCACGGUCAUCUGCGGCAUUAAACGUCAACGAGCCUUCGAUAUCCAAUAAUGAGACUCAAGAGCUGUCAAUUUCUCCGGCAAAUACUAGUGAAAUUAUGUCAAAGGAACGUGAACGUCCUAUGAUAAAGAUUCCUGCAGGGAAGCAAAUUUCUUCUGAAGAUAGUUGUGACAAAACAUCGCAGAGUUGGAGGGCGUCCCCUAAAAGUCCAAAGUUUGAUCAAACAAUGAAUGAAGAGCAAGCUCCUGAGGCGCCUUUUAGGAAGGCAAGGGUUUCCGUAAGAGCAAGAUCAGAAGCUCCACUGAUCAGUGAUGGAUGUCAAUGGAGGAAAUAUGGUCAAAAGAUGGCCAAAGGCAACCCUUGUCCACGUGCCUACUAUCGUUGCACCAUGGCCGUUGGAUGCCCAGUUCGUAAGCAGGUGCAGCGAUGCGCAGAGGAUAGGACCAUUCUCAUCACCACCUAUGAGGGGAACCAUAAUCACCCUCUUCCUCCCGCAGCCACAGCCAUGGCUAGCACUACCUCGGCUGCAGCAGCCAUGCUCCUUUCAGGUUCAACCACUAGCAAGGACGCUAUAACAACCUCUGGAUUCACCAAUUCUCUGCCCUAUGCUUCAACAGUGGCCACCCUCUCUGCCUCUGCACCAUUUCCCACCAUCACCCUUGACUUGACACAUAGCCCAAACCCCAUGCAAUUCCUCCGCGGCCCUCCUUCAACGCCCACAUUUCCUCUACCUUUUCAUGGUUGUCAACAACUUAUAAGGCAUCCAAUGUACUUGGCUCCUAAGCUACCUACGGUGCCAGCAUUGCAAUUUGGUCAACAACAACAUCCUUCCAUGGUUGAGACAGUUACUGCAGCAAUUACUUCAGACCCGAAUUUCACAGCAGCUUUAGCUGUUGCAAUCUCAACAAUAAUGGGAACGCAAAAGAGCAAUGAUGGGAACAAUAACAAUGUUAGUGGUAACGGGGGACCCGGGUCCCCACAGCUUCCUCAGUCUUGCACAACUUUCUCCACAAACUAGGGCAACAUUGCUGGUGUUUGAGCUUUAAUUUCAUGAUGAUAUUUAUAAAUAAUGCCUUUCUUUCCUACAAGAGUAUAAUGCUGGCUAGUUAUAUGGCUCUGGAGAGAAGGAACCCUCGAUUGUUCGAGUUGUUGAUAUUAGCUGAUAGAUGUAUGGAUUCAGCAGCAACAUGGAUUAUUUGGAUUAUAAUGACGUGGCUAGCUUGGACCUGCAUUUUGGAUCAAUGCUUGCGCCUCAGAGUUUCAGGCAUUGGAUAAUUACCUUCCCUUCAGUUAACCUUGUCGUUUAUUGUUAACAGCAUAUACCGAGCCCUACAGAUAAAUUUUGGCAUACCAGUACUUUUGCAUCAAAUUAUGAAAACAAUAUAUAUUCCAUGCACAUAUAUGUUCAGUAAGGAUUUAUAUUAAUUAUAUUUGCUGCAUUUUUUUUUU